AUGGCCUUAUCUGCAAUCGGUUUCGAAGGCUACGAGAAGCGCCUCGAGGUCUCUUUCUUUGAGCCAAGCAUCUUCCAAGACUCCAAGGGACUGGGUCUCCGUGCUCUGACCAGGUCCCAGCUGGACCAAAUACUCACUCCUGCUGCUUGCGAGAUCGUUUCUUCUCUCUCCAACGAUCUCUUGGACUCUUACGUCCUCUCUGAGUCCAGCUUCUUUGUCUACCCUUACAAAGUCAUCAUCAAGACUUGUGGCACCACUAAGCUCCUCCUCUCUAUCCCACCGCUUCUUGAGCUGGCUGGUGAGCUCUCUCUGAGUGUCAAGUCUGUUAAAUACACUCGUGGCUCCUUCAUCUGCCCUGGCGGCCAGCCUUUUCCUCACAGGAGCUUCUCUGAAGAAGUCUCUGUUCUUGAUGGUCACUUUUCUAAGCUGGGUUUGGACAGCGUUGCCUACUUGAUGGGUAAUGAUGACGAGACUAAGAAAUGGCAUGUCUAUGCUGCCUCCUCUGCUCAGUCCUCCAGGGACAGCAAUGUCUACACGCUUGAGAUGUGCAUGACUGGUCUUGACAGGGAGAAAGCUUCUGUUUUCUACAAGAAUGAAACUGGCGAGACAGGAUCUAUGACUGACAACUCUGGAAUCAGAAAGAUCCUCCCUAACUCCCAGAUCUGCGACUUUGAAUUUGAGCCCUGUGGCUACUCUAUGAACUCCAUUGAAGGAGAUGCGAUCUCCACUAUCCAUGUGACCCCUGAGGAUGGGUUUAGCUACGCUAGCUUCGAAGCUGUGGGUUAUGACUUCAACACUAUGGACCUGAGCCAGCUUGUGACAAGGGUCCUGUCUUGCUUUGAGCCGAAGCAAUUCUCUGUGGCAGUGCACUCGAGCGUUGGGGUGAAUGCGUACAAGCCGGAGAUCAGUGUAGACUUGGAAGAUUAUGGAUGCAGAGAGAGGACAUUUGAGGCUUUGGGAGAAGAGAGUGGGACAAUGAUGUAUCAGACGUUUGAGAAGCUAGGCAAGUACUGUGGGUCGCCUAGAUCUACAUUGAAGUGUGAGUGGAGCAGCAACAAUAGUAGCUGCAGCAGCGAGGACGAGAAGGACGAGGGAAUCUAGCAGAACUUUAUUAUCUAAAACUACUUUUGAGCUUUUCUGUUUUUGCUUCUUAAUAAUGAAUAAUGUCUUGAGAAGUUGAGGUACUCUCCUUGUCAAGGCAAUUGUGUUGUGUUAUAUCGUAC